AUGCUGGACGAACUGAACUUCUACCAACAAAAGAGGUUCUUGCUCGAUGUUAAGAGGUACUUUUGGGAUGAACCAUAUUUAUUUAAAGAGUGUGCAAACCAUAUCAUUAGGAGAUGUGUUCCAGAAGAAAAAGCCAUUGAAAUUCUCCAUGCUUGUCAUGCUUCACCGGUUGGGGGUCAUCAUGGUGGUGUACGUACAUCUGCUAAAGUUCUCCAAAGUGGCUACUACUUGUCGUCCCUCUACAAGGAUACUCAUGAGUUUGUUAAGAAGUAUUAUGUUUCUAAAUGGGUGGAGGUUGUUGCACUCCCAAACAAUGAAGGGAAAAGUGUUGUUCAAUUCCUGAAACGCUACAUCUUUGCUAGAUUUGGUACUCCUCGAGCUAUUAUUAGUGAUGGGGGAUCCCACUUUUGCAACAAGUGGUUCUCAGCCGCAUUAAAUAAGUAUGGAGUGAAACACAAAGUAGCAACUCCAUAUCAUCCCCCAACGAGCGGCCAAGUUGAAGUGUCAAACCGGGAGAUCAAAAACAUCUUGUCCAAGAUAGUGAAUGCUAAUAGGGUUGAUUGGUCUCGGAAGCAUGAUGACGUGCUAUGGGCAUAUCACACUGCAUACAGAACACCAAUCAUUGAAUUGGAACACAAAGCAUUAUGGGUAUUAAAAGCUCUAAAUUUGGACUGGACCAAGACUUCAAAAGAGAGAGUAGAGCAGUUAAAUGAGUUCGACGAAUUCAGGUUCAAGGCUUACGAAAGUUCAGCCUUUUACAAGGAAAAGAUGAAGAAAUGGCAUGAUUCUAAAAUCCUUAAGAGGAAUGUCCGUUCUCUACUCACAUUGGGGACAAUGGUGAAGGCUUUUGGUGGGGGUGUCUGGUUAGUGAAUUCCUCUAUGUUCUUGGACCCAUUUUUUCCACCUCUUGAUUGUGUUUAA